ACUUUCUAACUUUCAGCUUCCAUCAUUUUCUUCACUCCAGCUAGCUGCACUAACUUUCAACCUCCACCACUUUUGUUUCAUACUAAGGGAAACCCUACCUUGAUAUAUCAUAGCCUUGUCUAGAAUGGAUGAGAGAAUUGAGAAGUUGAAGCAGGUUGCUCAACAUGGAAAUAUUGAUGCCUUUUACAUGUUAAUUCGGGAGGAUGCAAAGCUUUUGGAGGCUAUUGAUGAGCUACCGUUUGUUGAUACUCCUUUACACAUAGCCGCAUCAGUUGGGAACAUCCCGUUUUCCAUGGAGAUGAUGAGAUUAAAGCCAUCACUUGUCAGCAAGCCAAAUCUAGAUGGAUUUAGCCCUCUUCACCUUGCUCUUCUAAAUGGGAAAAUUGAGAUGGUGCGUAGGCUUCUACAGGUCGAUGGGGACCUUGUCCGUGUGAAAGGAAAGGAAGGUAUCACCCUUUUGCAUUUUGCAGCAGCGAUAGAUGAUCACCUUGAUCUAUUAGUUGAAUUUCUAUCAGUUUGUCCCCAUUCUAUUGAAGAUGUGACAAUUCGAAACGAGACUGCUCUACAUAUUGCUCUAAAAUUCAACAAUUUGGAAGCUUUUAAACUCUUGGUGGGAUGGCUCCGACAAAAUAGGUCUAAAAAUGCCAUGUUUUGGGAGAGGAAAGUUUUAAACUGGAAGGAUGAUGAAGGCAACACUGUAUUGCAUGUUGCAGUAUCCAAAAAUCAACCCAAGGCAAGCUCUCUUCAUUACUCAAUUUACAUACUAAAGAAACUAUAAAGCUUGUGUUGUAAAUGUUUAAAACCA